CGCUAUAUCGACAGUCCGCCGGUUGCCUUACAAACGUCCACAUACGUCGCUAUGCUGCUGAACACUACGCGAAUUUUGCUGCUGGCCGUGGCCGCCGUCGCGCUUAUCGAUGGCAGUCAGGGUGCGAAUAUUCUGGGUUUAUUUCCCAGUCUAAGUCCCUCCCAUUUGAUCAUACAAAUGUCGGCCGUGAAGGCGCUCGCCGAGAGGGGGCACAAUGUCACUGUGGUGACUGUGCUGAAGCCGGCAGUCACCCACAAGGACAUCACCGUUAUACGUGUGCCCCUCAGCACGGAGGAGGCGGCCGAGAUGAGCGCCAUGAUAGAGAAAAUGGCCAAGAAUGAGAACAAAAAUAUGCUAGUUGCCAUGUUCCGGAUGAUCGGACAGAUGGGCUUUAUGUUCCGCAAAAUGGCAGAUGCCCUCAGGGAUCCGCGAGUGCGAGAUCUCUACCUAAACAAGGACAACAGAUUCGAUCUCGUUCUGUCGGGUUUCUUCAUGAACGACUACCAGAUGGGUUUUGCCAAGAAGGUGAAUGCCCCCCUGAUCGUGCUGGCUACCAUGCCACCGAAUAUGUUGCUGAAUCCCUUGGUGGGCAACCCCAACGAAAUCGCUUAUGUCCCGAGUAUAAAUGAUGCCGUGGAAAAGGGAAAGGGCAUGUCAUUCAAGCAGCGCAUCAAAUGCUUCAUUAUGACCGCUGGCUUUGGGGUUUUUGCCAAAAUAACAGAAAACCGCAACAGAAAUACAUACAAGGAACUCUUUGGCGAUGAUCCCAACAUGCCCGAGUACUCAGAGAUGAUGAAGAACACCUCCCUCGUGUUCUUUGCCUCCCACGCAUUGAGCGAGGGACCCGUGCGGCCCAAUGUUCCCGGUGUGAUCGAGAUUGGUGGCAUUCAGAUCAAGGAUACGCCCGCUCCACUCCCCGCGAACAUGGAGGAGUUCCUGGGCAAUGCCACGGACGGGGCAAUCCUCCUCAGUCUGGGCUCCAAUGUGCAGGGCAAGCAUCUCAGCCCAGAGACCGUCCAAAAGAUGUUCAAUGUCCUCUCCAAGCUGAAGCAGAGGGUCAUCUGGAAGUGGGAGGACCUGGACAAGACCCCCGGCAAGUCGGACAACAUCCUCUACUCCAAGUGGCUGCCACAGGACGACAUCCUGGCCCAUCCCAAGAUCAAGCUGUUCAUCAAUCACGCGGGAAAGGGCGGCCUCACCGAGGCCCAGUACCACGGCAAGCCCAUGCUCUCCCUUCCCGUCUUUGGGGACCAGCCCGCCAAUGCCGAUGGGAUGGUCAAGAAGGGCUUUGGCCUCACGCUCAAUCUCCUGACCCUCGAGGAGCAGCCGUUCCGCGAGGGCAUCGAGGAGAUCCUCUCGAACCCCAAGUACUUCCAGACGGUGUCCACCUUCUCCCAGCUCUACCGCGAUCGUCCACUCACCGCCCGGGAAACGGUCAUCUACUGGUCCGAGUACGUUAUCCGCCACCACGGCGCCGCCCACCUGCAGAGCCCCCUGAUCCACAUGAGUUUCAUAGCAGCCAACAACCUGGAUAUCUACGCUCUGUUGGCCAUCAUUGCAGUUGUUUUCCUGCUGCUGACGAAGGCUGUCAUAAAGUUCAUCUGCAGGAAGUUCUCCUCGAAGCCAAAGAAGGUCAAGAAGCAGUAAAAUGUGAGGCGCAGAAGCAGAAACUAUCGCCAAACCCCUAACAAAAUUACUCCAUCAGUACCUUGAGUGUCGUUAUACUAUUAAAUUUAAGUACAUAUAAGUAAAUAUUAUCGUGUAUUUAGAGUUGAAAUAUAAAUAGAUUUGGUAGAAAAAAGACCAUGAAAUUGUAGUUAACAAGAGAUAAGAUAACAAAUAAUAAAAAGUAAUAAUUAUAG